UGGAAGCUUAUCAAACUAUCAAAAUUGAGUCGUUUUAAGUUUUUGAUAAAUCGAUCUCUGACGUAAAUCCUUGACUCCCGACAGAAUGAUCUUUAUGUGUGUCCAGAAUGAAGCGAUCAUCAAAUUUCUAAAUUCCAAGUGUACCGUGGCGGCGGUCUGUCACAAAAUUUGACUUGUAUAAGUUCAUAUGCGAGACUCGCUUCAUGGAUAGGGACGAGAAUAAUGCGAAGCUUUCGGAUGUGGCCAACGAUUCAUCCAACCAACGCGGUACCACCGCGAGAAGCAAUUUUGAUAUGACACCUUCUCCUUCGGUGACAUCCUCCGUCGUGUAUGAUAGAUCCAUCUCCUCGAGGUCGAUACAAACCGAUCGCUCGGAAACGGAAUAUCGUUAUAAGAUCGCUGGCAAUAUCAGCAUUAUCAAUCAGCUGGAAGCUGACAACGAGGUGCUUUGCAUCUGCUACACCGAAGCCUACGACUUCUUGGCCGCGGGAUUAGCCAAUGGACACCUGAAAUUCUACAGGCUCGCAACCGGCGAGGACACGUUGACUCUGUGCGACGCCGAGAUGAUGCAGAAUCCGGCGCCAACCACCGCUGUCAAACGUCGGCCGGUGCACGGAUCGCACCCGAUCACGCACACCGUAAUAGCGACUUAUGCCAACGGCUGCGUCAAAUGCUGGCAUUACCCGACUGCGCAGUGCCUCUACACGAUACGGGAAAAUCGGCAAACGCUCGGUCUGGCUUAUCACCCCGUCCUGCCGAAAUUCGUCACCGUCGGGGACGACACGAAUCUGUGCUUGUACGACGAGGAAACGAAGAGACGAGAAAGGGUGUUUCACGGAAGCGAUUCUCCGGAUGUAAUGGACGGCCACAAAUCCAGAGUCUUCAGCGCUUGCUUCCACCCGAGAUCCGCGCACGAACUGAUAAGCGGCGGCUGGGACGACACUGUUCAGUUCUGGGACACCAGACAAGCUCAUUCCCUCCGGUAUAUAGGGGGUGUACAUAUGUGUGGAGACGGUCUGGAUAUUAGUAGAAACGGAAAGGAAAUCCUCACUUGUGCUUGGCAGAAGAACGAUCCUAUGCAGCUGUGGGACUACGGUAGCGGCAAGCUAAUCGCCAGCUUGGAACCCGAUAGUUACUCUUCCCUGUUGUACACCGGCAAAUACGUGACGAAUAUGAUCAUCGCGUGUGGCGGCUGCGACAGCAAUCUCUUCAGGAUCGUCGACUUACGAUCUUACUCUACUAUGGCGAUGAUGAGGCACGUUAAAGGCGGUGUAUAUAGCUUGGACGUCGGCCCGCUCAGAUCAAAGUACGUCAAACGAAUAAAAGGUCCCGAAACGCCUUAUCUUCCGAAGCUCGCUUUCUGCGCCGGAUCAACAAUUUUCGAGAUAGACGCCCAAUUCGAUUGAAUUUGUGCGCGUGCUUUGGAGUACGUAAAUAUACAUAUAUUAUUCCUACAAUUUACGCAAAACAUGGUUCGUAACGGAAAAAAAAAUAAACAAUUUGCACGGAAGCUCGUUAUAGUAACAUGACACUCGUGAAUACCUAAUCACGAUUCAGACACAACGCAUUAAACAAUUAUCUCAACGAAAAUGUUCACGAAGAGAGCAUUUCCUUAACAGAAUUUUUGAAUAGCACGCGAUACACGGCAAUCGCUUUUCCAUUUCCAUUGCUUCCCCUACAUAACUUUAGACCAUUUUCCUCUUAAAUAUAAGCUGUUCGCGAUAUGACAUUGCCAUUGUGUACAGUGGAGACGGUUUAGACACAAUAAGAUUGAAAGCUCACCAAACUGUCAAAAUUGAGAGUCAUUACUGAUAGACUUGUCCAGCAAUUAUAUUAUGAAUUAUUAUUAGUACUACCAUAUUAUGUGGAUACGUCCAUAAUGUUCCUCAAUAUUGACAGUUUAGUGAGCUCCCAACUUCAUUGCGUCUCUCUAAAUCGUUU